AUGGCAGUGGUUCACCGCCACGGCGGCUCUCAGCAGAGCUUCUACGACGGCCACCCUUUCGCAUGGUUCACGCAAUACGGCGAGAAAGGCCCGACCUAUUAUUCCAACAAGUACAAGUACGUGAACGACGAGGCGUCGACGGUGUGGUACCACGACCACAUGGUGGGCAUGACGCGGCUGAACGUGGCGGCGGGCAUGGCGGGACUGUACAUUAUCACGGACCCCAAGGCCGAGUCCAAGUUCACCUGGUUACCACCUCCCAGUCGUACGAUUCCGCUCGCCAUCGCGGAUCGGCUCUUCUUCGCGAAUGGGUCGAUCAAUUAUCCGAACGUGGGCAUUGUGCCGAACGUGCAUCCCAACUGGAUUCCCGAGUACCUCGGCAACACUAACAUGGUCAACGGCGUGGUCUGGCCGUACCUCAAGGUUCGUCCGGCGCUUUACCGACUCAAGGUGCUGGGCGCGUCCAGCGCGCGCUUCUACGACCUCAAGUUCGUUUGCGCGCAGCGCAGCGAUUAUCCCAACUUUGUGCCGCCGCUCAAGGGCAAGGUUCUCCAGAUGAUCGAGAAGGGCGAGUUUCUGUGUCGCUAA